AUGGUUGCCCACGGAGACGAACACAUGGAGGGAAUGGACGGCAUGGCCAUGGGCUCGACAACAAACUCGCACACGGGAAUGACCAUGGCCUUUUUCACAUCGACCAGCACGCCUCUGUACUCGAUGUCAUGGACGCCAAACUCAGCCGGCACAUAUGCCGCGACAUGUAUUUUCCUCAUCUUCCUCGCCAUUACACUGCGCGCCAUAUUCACCGCAAAGUCGUUUCUGGAGAUGAAGGCCCUCGAGGGCGCACUGAAGCGGAGAUAUGUUGUUGUGGCAGGCGAGAAGAUGGUUAGCGAACGGGCUUCCAAUGACGGCGACUCGGUGACGGGUAUCCUCACCACAAAUGGAGUCCAGGAGGAUGUCCGGAUAGUCUCUGCGCCUGUCAAACACGUCCAGCCAUGGAGAUUCGGCGUCGAUCUGCCACGAGCACUGAUUAUGACGGUAGCGACUGCUGUCGGCUAUCUUCUGUAA